CAUUAAGAGUUGUGCUUCUAAAGGCUUGGCACUGACAGAAGGUUGAGUUUGACAGUAAAGCUGUGAUCAUGUUACUAACAUCGAAUUCUACCAUUUCUGUUAUUGGCGAAGAAACUGGUCUGGGCCAACAGAACUCGACAUGCAUCCUUGUUGAUUCUUCUAUGGGGCGAAUUUCUAAACUCUUCGCGUUUUGCUUUAUCUUACUGGGAAGUCUUUUCGGAAAUGUUUUCAUAAUCACUGUCGUCUACAGACAUCGGGAUUUACGAAAAACGAUCAACUAUUUCAUCGUGAACAUGGCCUUGUCUGAUUUAGUUUUUCCGCUGAUUUUACUCCCAGUGAAAAUAACUGAAUUAGUGACCGACUCAGGACAUUGGCACCUCAGUGGAAUCCUAGGAUCGAUUUGUUGCAAGCUGUUCUUUUUCGCAAGCCUGGUGUCUCUUCUCGUUUCAGCUCAAAGCUUGAUGUGGAUAGCAAUUGAUAGAUUUGUUGCGGUAGUUUUUCCAAUGAAACUUGGACUUAUUUCAAGCAAGAUUCGAACAAUAGCCAUCGUUUUUACCUGGAUUUGUGCAAGCUUUGUCAAUAUUCCAUCACUGAUAUCUUCAAAACUUGUUGAACGUGGCAAUGACACAGUUUGCGCGGAGACAAAUAUGGAAUCAUUUCUCUUUGACAAGAAAGCUAACGUGACAUAUCUUUGGCUGCAGUUUUCUUUAUUUAUCAUUGCUCCGUUAGUUGUAAUAACCGUUCUGUACACUGCAAUAGCAAUUACCUUAAAAAUGCAGGAUAAAACCCUCGCGGGCACCCCUUCAAACGCACAACGACAUGCUACGAAGAAACGAGGACAAGCCAUUGAAAUGGCGGUAGCUAUUUUGGUGCUGUUUUACCUUUGUGUUAUUCCAAACACUUUGGUAUAUUUCAUUCCAUUCUGGAGACCUUCUUGUGCCAUUCAGAGAGUACUAUAUUUCGUGACGAGUUUUUCGCUUUACUUAUCUUCCACAGUCAAUCCAAUAAUUUGUCUGUCAUUUGUCGAAAGCUAUCGUCGUGGACUGAGAAACAUUUUAUGUCCGUGUGACAGAAUGCUGAACGGCAAUGUGACGCCGAAAUUAGGACAACUAAAUCUAACGAAGAUGAAAACUCCCCGUGGAAAAAGCUAUCGACAGCGUUUCAAAAACACAAAAAACUAUAACGAAACCUUUGAUACUGUUUUAUAGAGAUAUAGUUUAAUAUGAGGCGCUUCGUUCCGCAAAAGCAAGAGUACCAGAGCAAACGCGGGAGUACCAGAGCAAACUUCGGAAAGAAAUUAGGUAUACGGCCGAAUAAUCAGCAAGUCAAAAUGUUUCAUUUUUAACAACGUAGUCACGUUCUAGGUUAUUUCAACAGUCAAGUGACAAAGCUAGGACUUUAUAACGAACAAAGCAAGGCUUGUUUUGUUGAAAUUUACAAGUAAAUCCACUGAAAUCAGUUAAACACUGGAAUUUGUCACAUUGUCAAUUGGCAGUUUUGGCGUAGUAUAAAGCGUCCAAGUAGUUGCUUAUACGUUGUAAUAGUCUUGCAUGUAAUAUAGAAGAAAAGUAUUAUAUAAUUUUUCACGUUGUUAUUGUAAGAUAGUUUUGAGCUGGUAUGUAGAUUAGUUGGCAUGCAGGUUACGUAAUUAUGCUAAGAAGUUAAUAUUUAAGGAGUUUGUCCGUUAGGAGUUGUCACUUCGACGGCAUCUCCGCUUUUGAUCAGUUCAUUUUGGAAAUUUUAUUUUAGUAAAUUUCCGUGUUUUUGUUUACUACGUUUAUUGUGUUAAUAACUAUCCUAGGGCAAUUUAUGUCUGAUCAAUAAACGAGAUGCCCCCUCCUAUAUGACUGAU